AUGACGGACGACCUCGUGCACGACGUGGCGGAAUUCCUGUCGCCCGUCGACCUGCAGGCAGCCAUCCAAGUGAACUCGUGGUGGGGCGCCGUGUGCUCCAGCGACGUCAUCUGGAGACGCCUAUGCGUCGCGCGCUGGCUGCUGCCGCGCCCCGAGCGCCUCAAGCGCAGCACGGGCACCGGCAGCUUCUACGAGCUGUACCUGUAUCUGGACCGCGCGCGCUACCUGCCGCGCGGCAAGUACACGACCAAGGUGCGGACGCUGCUGUCUGGACGUGGCUGGGUUAAUAGGUGCUGUGUCUAA